GCAAAACAGCUCUAUUAACAAUCAUAAAAAGUUCGCCCCGUAAGUGAACCAAACUGUACAACUUCCUCAAAGUGAAUUCACCGUCCACCGACAUCAUUCGAUCAAUCGAAACAACAAAUUCCAAUUCGGAGAAUCUUAGAUAUAUUUUAAUCAAAUUAGGUGUUUUCUUGGAGGGGAAUAAUGGCUGUAGCGUCUGAUCAAGCCACAAGUAUCUGCAGUCACUGUGACAGAGCGAUUCCUACUUCCAAUCUCGAUUUGCAUGUUGCUCACUGUUCGCGGAAGCUUGAAAAAUGUAAAGUCUGUGGGGAUAUGAUCCCAAAAAGGCAUGCAGAGGAACAUUUCUUGAGCACUCAUGCUCCGGUAGCAUGUUCUUUGUGUAGCGAGACUGUGGGGCGUGAGAUAUUAGCUGUUCAUAAAGGUGAAAAUUGCCCACAAAGGAUUGUGACAUGCGAGUAUUGCGAGUUUCCGCUGCCCACAAUUGAUUUAUAUAAGCAUCAGGAAGUAUGUGGGAAUAGAACAGAACUCUGCCAUCUGUGUAGCAGAUAUAUUAGGCUUCGUGAAAGAGAUGUCCAUGAGAGUAGAUGCAAUGGAAGUGCAAACAACAUUGCAGAAUCUUCCAGGAACACUAUUCCAGCUGAGAGAGAUCUUGGUGCUCCGGCCAGAAGACAGCCACAUGACGUUUCCAGGAAGCGGCUUCUAUUUACAAUUGCAAUAACGGGCAUUGCUGUUUUGUUUGGCUCACUUAUUUUCCAGAGGAAAGCUGAAGAAAGUCCAGUGCACUAGCAUCUUUACUUUAAUCCAUCAACUCUUAGGUUUUGUCUGAGAAGUUAAUAUAACCAUGUCCGCAUCCUAGAGUUCAGAAUGUAACCAUGCAAUCAAAGACGAGUUCCGCUAAUACAUGAACAGAUACUGUUGUAUGUAAUCAAUUUGUACCUUUUAUUUAUCAAAGUUAUGUAAUUGCCUUGUUGAACACUUCGGCCGAGGCGAAAUACAUAUCGAUGGCGAUGACUGUCUGUGAA